AUGGAGAUGCCCACUCCUCCCCCGCUCUUACACACUCGGUCAGGCAAUGAACAUGCGUUCACGACUCCCGUCUCAACCCCUCAGGGAAGCCCAAGCAAGAACAGACUUCCGCCUGGCGCCAACGACCUGCCAAAUGUUUUCGAGAAUUCGCUGAAGCUGGCCCCUCUAUCUCCAAGUUCUUCUUCUGGAAACAUCAAUCGAGACCCUUUCGCCGACAGUUCCCAUUCCGGAAGCCCAAAGAAAUCAAACAAGGAAAAUACACCACCAGGAGGUGGGUUUCGGUUUGGAAAGGAAGGCAACGCUGUACAAAAUCAUGCCGCCAUCAGCCGUCAAGAACCUUAUCAGCAAGCCGACAGCAGAAAAAUACAAACGCAGACUAAAGGUCUCACUGUAGAAGAAUUGCAGAAAUUACAGCAGCCAAAAGUGAAGCGACUUGCCAACGUCACUCAACUGUACUUCCUUGACCACUAUUUCGACCUUCUUUCCUACGUUCACAAUCGUCAAAACCGACAAGCUGCUUUCGACGCCCAUAAUCCUUCACCUCCAGCUACACCGCAGGAAGACUACGAUGCUGCUCUCAAAAAGUACCUCGGACGUGAACGUGCAAAUCUCCGCAAGCGCCGUACUCGCCUCAGACACGGUGACUUUCAAAUCUUGACUCAGGUCGGCCAAGGUGGUUAUGGUCAGGUCUACCUAGCCCAAAAGAAAGAUACGCGAGAAGUCUGCGCAUUGAAAGUCAUGAGUAAACGCUUAUUGUUUAAGCUUGAUGAAAUUCGUCAUAUCCUCACUGAGCGCGACAUCCUGACUGCUGCGAAAUCAGAGUGGCUUGUCCGUCUUCUCUAUGCUUUCCAAGAUGAGCAGCAGAUCUAUCUCGCCAUGGAGUAUGUACCAGGAGGUGACUUCCGCACACUACUCAACAACACAGGCGUCUUACACAACCGGCAUGCCCGCUUCUACAUUGCCGAGAUGUUCUCAUGUGUUGAUGCGCUUCACAACCUUGGUUACAUCCAUCGAGAUUUGAAGCCCGAGAAUUUCCUGAUCGACUCUACCGGACACGUAAAGCUUACCGAUUUUGGACUUGCCGCUGGCAUGCUUAGCCCGAUCAAGAUCGAAUCUAUGAGGAUCAAGCUUGAGGAGGUCGGCAACACACCUGUUCCCUUUGGCAUGCAGCCUAUGGAAGACCGCUCUGCAGCGGAACGUCGUCAGGGAUACCGCUCCCUCAGGAGGCAAGAUGUCAAUUACGCCAAGUCAAUUGUUGGUUCACCUGACUACAUGGCCCCAGAAGUCCUGAAAGGAGACGAGUAUGAUUUCACAGUCGAUUACUGGUCGCUGGGUUGUAUGCUUUUCGAGGCUUUGGCUGGAUAUCCACCAUUUGCAGGCGCAACCGUGGACGAGACAUGGCAGAAUUUGAAACGCUGGCAACGAGUACUUCGAAAGCCGCAGUACGAUGAUCCAAAUUACUUUUUGAGCAAGCGGACCUGGGACUUGAUCACACGACUCGUGGCGGCAAAAGAGAAUCGUUUCAAGUCGAUGAGCGAGAUCCACAAGCACGAAUAUUUCGCCGAAGUAGACUUCAACGCGCUUCGGGAACAGAAGGCACCGUUUGUUCCGGAACUUGACAGCGAAACGGAUGCAGGAUACUUUGACGAUUUCGGCAGUGAAGCCGACAUGGCUAAAUACAAGGAGGUGCACGACAAACAGAAGGCGCUAGAGGAGAUGGCUGAUAGGGAGGACAAGAUGAGCAAGGGCUUAUUUGUUGGAUUUACCUUCAGGCAUGUUUGA